GAAGUCUGAAUGCAGCAUAGCCUCAAAAAUAGGUGUGUAUCUUAAUCUCAUUUGUGUAAACCAGAAAUUUACAAAAGGGAAAAAACUAAACACCCUCCUCUUAAGUGGAACAAAGCAUUCAAACUCAAGCUAUUUGCUGGAGGACUCCUGACAAUCUACUUAACUUUGCACGAUGGAUGAGCUAGAUGAGACUCAGCUGAAGAAUCAUGUGGACAGUCUGAAGCAGCAGCUACAGUUUAACAGAGAGAAAACAUCCGUCACGAUUCCAGAGUUAACUAAAUGGAUCGAGGAGAAAAUGAACGAGGAUCCAUUUCUGAAUCCAGAUGUACUGAAGGACAACCCGUGGGUGGAGUCAAGUAAAUGUGUGAUAAUAUAGCGCAGGAGCUGUCACUCAUCACUAUGGCAGCAGGAGUGACUCCGCCCACAGUCAUGGUUACACUGCCCAACUUUGACUAGGACAGACAAACAUGCUAAUUUAAAUCUGCUUUCUUGUUUACGCUUAUCAUGCCAUGACAUUGUGAAAAAAAUUAUAAAAACUCGUUAUUUAGUGAAAACAUGUAUUUAUAAAAGUGUAAGAACUAUACAAGGACACAAUAAAAAACAACAACAAAAA